AUGGGAAUAUUAACAGCUUCAGUGUACAACUCAUAUAAAGCACAUUUAGGUGAAUUUGUUGUGAAAACAGUUAUGAAACGUAAAGAAAAACUAGAUGAAGCGUUUAAUUUAAUAUCGACAAUGACACCAGACGGUGGACAAGGUGUUAGUCAAGGCACAUUUCUACGUUUAAUGCGUAUUGUUAAACCCCAACGAAGUGAAGACUCGAUGAAAGUGAUUUUUCAUGUAUUAGAUAAAAAUAAAUCUGGUUAUUUAGGUAAAGAAGAAUUUGAACGCCUCUCUGAAUAUAUGCAGGCGAAAUUUGAAGAAAUUGAAUUAAGUCGUGCGUAUUUUAGUACAUAUAUAUCAAAAUUUUAUGAUACAUAUACAUCGCCGCGAUUUCAGCUGAUUGUGCAUUAUAUUGAACAUAAUAUAACGAAAUUAUUUUUCACAUGUUUAAUUAUUGCUAAUGCAAUUACAAUUAUUCUAUUUCAUUCUUAUCCACAAUUUCAAGAAAUUAUUGAAUCUAUCUUUACAAUCUGUUUUAUUUUUGAAUUAAUUGUUAAUUAUUUAGCAUGUGGUGGAGUGAAAUUUUUUAAUGAUGGUUGGAAUUUAUUUGAUUGUAUUAUUGUCUUUGGUGCAUUAAUUGGACAAGUGUUUCAAUUAAUAUUUUAUUCAUUUGGUAUUUAUUUGCCUGGUUCUAUUAUACAAAUUUUUCUAUUGUUACGUUUAUUUCGUUUACUUAAAGUAUUUAGUGUUGUACCACAAUUUCGUGUUGUAAUUAAUUGUAUUCUAACUAUACUACCAUCAUUAGCAGCUUAUACAGCUAUCUUAUUAAUAUUAUUCUAUAUAUUUUCAUGUAUUGCUAUGGAAUUAUUCGGUUUAUUGUAUAUUCCACCAAUAAAUUAUAAUUAUACAUUAGAUACAACAUGUAAUAAUCAAUAUUUAUUACAUAGUGAAUUUGUUGAAUGGCAUUAUUGUACAUUUAAUUUUAAUAGUGCAUUAGAUUCCUUUUUAUUAUUAUUAAUUAUUGUAGUUGGUAAUAAUUGGCAUAUAUUUGUUGAUGGUUUCUCAGAUAUUACAACAAAAUGGAGUCGAUUAUUUUUUAUUAUUAUACAUUGGAUAUGUGUAUUACUUGUUUUAAAUGUUGUUCUGGCCUUUAUUAUUGAAGCCUUUUUAAUUGAAUAUGAUUCACAACAAAGUAAAUUUGAAUUAUAUAUUAAUGAAAGAUUAAAUGAUUUAGAAAUGAAUGCUGAUACAGAAUUGAAAAAACGUGGUUUACAAAAUUAUCGUAAACCAAGAUUUAUUAUGUCUAAAAAGAUAUUAGAUGAAGCUGCUAUACCAGAUCGUAGUACAAAUAAAGUAUUCUAUUUAAAAACAGAUAAUACAUCAAUUGAAAUAUUAAUGUUUAGAAUGUUUGAAAAAGAAAUUGAAGAAUUAGUAGAGAAUUUAAAUAAUCGAAUGGAAGUCCCAAGAAUUAGAGCACAUGAUCCACUUCGGAAUAUAUAAUUUUUUUAUGCGUUAUGUUUCUAUAAUAAAUGAUAUCGAAUUAACAGAAGAAAGAAUGUCGAGGGAAUAUACACUCCGAUUAAACAAAAAAAGAAAUCAAAACUUUGGAUUCACAUAUUUAAAUAUGGUGGAUGACUACUAUUAAAAAAUGAUUAAAAAUUCCUUAAACUGAAGGAAUGUCUGCCUGAUUAUUCAAAUAAUUCAUCUAUUCAACUAUUAAAUAUGAUUUUAGAGAAGUUUAAAAUUCAGACAAUUAAAAUGAUUUUCGUAAUGUUUGUUGACAUUAAAAAAAAGAUGUUAACUGUUUUUAUUUUUAAACAAUGUUUAUUAAUAUGAUAUAAUUAAUAAUAAUAAAUAAUAUGAUUAGUUAUGCACAAGUGAAUUUUCGACGUUAAAUAAAAAUAUAAUCCAAUGGAUUGCCAUGCAUUACGCGACG